CCUGCGAUGCGAGUUUCCGUUUUCUCACACGGCGAGAGAGAGAGAGAGAGAGAGAGACUAGAGAGAGAGAGAGAGAGAGACUAGAGAGAGCCCUAAUAAAAAACACCGCUCACCCGCCGCCUCCUCCUCGGCGCCGGCGGCGAUGCGGUCCGCCGCCGAAGUGAUCGAUCUCUCCAGCGACGACGACGGCGGCGGUGGGCAGGAGGAGCUCGCCCCCAGCACCAGCGGCGGCGCGCGCCGCGUCGUCCCCGCGUCCCCUCAUGACGUCACGCCGAACUCCCUCGUCGAUGUGAAGCCCGCCCUGCUGUACCCGCUCCAGCCCCCGGGCGUGGGCGUGGGCGUGGGCGGCGGCGGCGGGGCGCUCGUGCCCGUCAAGGAGGAGCUCCCGUUGCCCCUGCCGGUGCCCCUCCUGGCCGCGCGCGCCUCCUCGUCCCCCGGGGUCCCCGCGCUCCCGCCGCCGCGCCUCUGCCGCCAGUUCUGGAAGUCGGGGGACUACGUCGUCGCCCAGCGCAACCCCGACACCGAUGCCCUCGGUGGGCGGAACCGGCUACGGAUUAAUCCCAAGUUCCUCCAUUCGAAUGCUACUUCACACAAAUGGGCUUUCGGUGCCAUUGCCGAGCUUCUUGAUAAUGCAAUAGAUGAGGUUAACACCGGGGCAACAUUUGUUCGUGUUGAUGAAUUUACAAACCCAAGAGAUGGGAACCCCUCAUUGUUGAUUCAAGAUGAUGGAGGGGGAAUGGAUCCAGAGGGGUUGAGACGCUGCAUGAGCUUUGGAUUUUCGGAUAAGCAGUCCGAUGCUUUCAUUGGGCAAUAUGGAAAUGGCUUCAAAACUAGCACAAUGAGGCUUGGAGCAGAUGUGAUUGUUUUUACACAAAACCAAAAUAACUGGGUGCCAACAAGAAGCAUUGGUCUUCUUUCAUACACAUUUUUGAUGGAAACUGGUUGUGAUGAUGUUUUGGUUCCAACGGUUGAUUAUCAGUACGAUCCGACAACCGCUUCAUAUACUCAGAUGCUGCGUCAUGAUCAGAAGCUCUUCUCUUCAAAUUUAGCAAUCCUCUUAAAAUGGUCUCCUUUUGCUAGUGAAGCCGAGUUGCUUAAACAAUUCGAUGAUAUCGGAGAGCAUGGAACAAAGAUAAUUGUAUUCAACCUCUGGUUCAAUGAUGAUGGGGAUAUGGAGCUUGAUUUCAACUCUGAUGAGAAGGAUAUCCUCAUUACUGGGUCACACAAGAAGGUGAAAACCAAUAAGGCAGAGAAGAUUGCAACACAGAGCUAUGUUUCAACCCGACUCCGUUAUUCUCUUAGACAGGCAUACACAUCUGUCUUGUAUCUUCACAUUCCUGAUAAUUUCAGAAUAGUGCUGCGUGGACAUGACGUAGAAUCACAUAAUGUAAUAAAUGAUUUAAUGUAUCCUGAAUGCGUGUUGUAUAAACCACAAAUUGCUGGGCUUGCAGAGCUAUCUGCAAUAACAACCAUUGGAUUUGUCAAAGGCGCCCCAGACAUUGAUGUACAAGGCUUUAAUGUAUACCACAAGAAUCGUUUAAUAGCGCCUUUCUGGAAGGUUGCGAAUAACUCAUAUGGCAAAGGCCGCGGAGUUGUGGGCAUUUUGGAGGCAAACUUUAUCAAACCUACCCAUGACAAGCAAGAUUUUGAGAAGUCGGUCCUUUACCAAAGGCUUGAGAACCGCUUGAAAGAAAUGACAUAUGAAUAUUGGGACCUGCAUUGCCAUCGUAUUGGUUAUGACAACAAAAAAUUACCUAAAGCAUCCCGUGCACUUUAUCGUGCCAAUCAGAUGAAUGCUGGCAGUUCCCCGCCAAGUGCUCCACGUCAGCUAUUGGCUGCUGAUAUUCCGACAAGCAGAUCUGCUGUCCCUACAUUUAUGAACCCAGUAUUAAGGCAAAAACAAAUGGGAUUAAAGAGAAAUUUUGAUGCCCUUGGAUCCAAGACAGACAGUGCCGACCAAGAUGGAGUUCCCUCAGAUGUUUCUCAACGGAGACGGUUUAACGAAUACAGGACUUUGACACUGGAGAAUGACAAGUUACGUGGCGAAUGCUUACAAUACGAGGAGUCCGCAAAACAACUUGCUCUGAAGGAACAAAAACUCCGAUCUCAAAUUGCUGAGGAAAGAAAGAAAUAUGACCAAUUAUUACAAGAGCUCAGGUCGUUAGAUGUGAAGACAGAGAAAUAGUGGACUGUUUCUUCUUUACUUGGCUAAGGUGCUUCUCGUCUUGCUUCUUGCCUGACUGUUCUUGUGAGGAUUGUGAUGAUUAUGGAAGAACUGUUCCUUGGACAAAUGACGUCUUCAGCUUACAUUUCAAUUGGUAGGGAUGUACAAUUUUGGUUUAGAGCUGAGCUGCCUGAGCAUGUACAACUGUUGUAACAAUAUCUGUAUGUACAGCAGUGGUUUCAUGAUGUUGACCUGCUGAUUCCCCAUUUUCAGUUAAUACACAUCUGUUUCGUCUGUCAAUUGCAAAAGUGAAUGGUAGAUUUUGAUCUGCCAUUUGCGUCAUAGUGGGUUGAGCAAACAAAAACAUUUAUUUUUAUGCAGUGUAUCACCUAUACAACCCCUUUUUAAGGCCAAAGUUUGUCGAGUGGCAUGUCAUUAUUGUGUUCCAUAAAUCAGAGGCUAUCAAUGUAGAUGCAGUGCAUCGUAAUUCGUAGAUAUAGCCGAAAGUGUUCACACAGUUUAACCUGUGUCCUGUAAGUUGUUUUGUUGCUGUGAUAAUUGGCCCUUUUACAGGCUUCAGUUGCAACCAUUGCCAAUUUGUGACGUCAACCCUU